AUGAUGAGCGGCCUGGCGGCAGCGAAUAGCCAGACUUCUGCUGCUGGAAGCUACCCAGCGGAGGCGGAACCGGGAGGCUUUUUCCGGGCCCGUCACGCCGGUAUAGUGGAGCGGGAGGCCGGGGCCGGGGCCAGGGGCGCGGGCAGCAGCGGCGGAGCGGUGUCGGUGUCCAUAACCGGGCUGGGAGGCGAAGGCAUGGCCGCGGGAAGAGGGGCCGGGAAGGCCGCCUCGCUGUGGGACAAUAUGCGGAUCCGCUUCGUCGUCUGCUUCCUUGGAGUUUUCGUGUGUUAUUUCUAUUACGGAAUACUUCAAGAGAUCAUCACGCGUGGUACUUAUGGUCAGGAGAAGUUCACAUUCGCCCGGACACUGGUCUUCAUCCAGUGCAUCAUAAAUGGGAUGUUUGCCAGAGUCUUGAUACAGUUUUUUGAGGACUACAAACCAGAUCUGACCAAGAGCUGGCUCUACGGUGUGUGUUCCCUGUCUUACCUGGGAGCCAUGGUGUCCAGCAACUCUGCCCUUCAGUACGUCAACUACCCCACACAGGUGUUGGGCAAAUCCUGCAAGCCGAUUCCAGUGAUGAUGCUCGGUGUGACCAUCCUCAGGAAGAGGUACCCUAUGGCUAAGUACCUGUGCGUGCUGCUGAUCGUGGGCGGCGUGGCUCUGUUCCUCUACAAACCCAACAAGAGCUCGGCCGUGGCAGACGACCACGUUUUUGGCUUUGGCGAGAUUUUGCUGCUGGUGUCCCUGACACUGGACGGGCUGACCGGCGUGGCCCAGGACCACAUGAGGGCCCGCUUCCAGACCAGCGCCAACUACAUGAUGCUGAACAUCAACGUGUACUCCUCUCUGGUUCUGGGGAUAGAAUUGGGGGAGUUCCUGCUCUUUACCGAGCGCCACCCCCACGUCCUCUACAGGAUCCUCCUGUUCGGGCUGACCAGCGCACUGGGCCAGACCUUCAUCUUCAUGACGGUGGUGUACUUCGGGCCCCUGACCUGCUCCAUCGUCACCACCACCAGGAAGUUCUUCACCAUUCUGGGAUCCGUCGUUUUGUUCGGGAACGUGCUGAGUCAGAUGCAGUGGGUCGGCACCAUCCUGGUGUUCCUCGGUCUUGGAUUGGAUGCUAAAUUUGGCAAAUCCCCAAAGAAAACAACACACUAA